CAAAUACAAUUAUUUUCUUUUACACCUAUUUUUUUUUAUAGGAGUUGCAUUAGUAGUUGAUACUAACAAUAAAUAAAUGUAAUAAUUAUUAUACCUAAUUUUUUUUUUUUUUUUUUGUAAAUCAUAGUGGGUAAUUUGUAAUUAUACUUUAGUAAUACCAUUUCGCCUUUAAGAUAUGUUUAGUGUUUAGUAUUUAUUAUAAUAUAGUGAAGUUUUAUGUAUUUAAUUAAACCGAUAUUGUGUAGCUCAUUUAUCAUUAUGUCUAUAAUAGUCAAAUUGUUAGUUGUGCUGUGAUUAACAAAAUCUCGACACAGGAACUACUUACUUGAAUUUCAACAGACGUUUGCUACAUUUCUGAAGAAUCGGGUUACAUCGAAUAGCUUAGUUUUUGAGAUAUUAUCUUUCAUAGAUAAGUAUAGCUAUGUUAAGCAGUUGGACCAAACAUUUUCUUCAUUGUACCUUAUUGGUGUUUGUAAUAUCAAUAUUUGAAAUCUGGUCGGGAGGUGUUAAACUAUCAGCAGAUGUUCAAAAUACUUAUAAUUUUAAUCCAUGGGAACGCUAUGGUUUUAUUUGGUGCUUUAUGUUGUAUCUACUACGAUGUUUGACCUUCUUACCAUUACCACAAGUACUAUUGAAUUUUGGCGGUCUUACACUGUAUAAUGCUUUUCAAGACAAAGUCGUUCUAAAAGGAUCACCUUUGUUGGCUCCAUUUAUAUGCAUACGUAUAGUCACAAGAGGAGAUUAUCCUCAGUUAGUCAAAGCAAAUGUUGCCCGUAAUAUGGCUCGAUGUUUGGAAACUGGAUUGGAAAAUUUCAUUAUUGAAGUAGUGACAGAUAAAAGUAUUGGACUUCCUGUGCAUAGGCGUAUAAGGGAAGUGGUUGUUCCAAAAUCAUAUAAGACAAAGACUGGUGCACUUUUCAAAUCACGAGCCCUUCAAUUUUGUUUGGAAGACAAUGUAAAUAUUUUGGCAGAUUGUGAUUGGGUUGUACAUUUAGAUGAAGAAACCCUAUUGACAGAGAAUUCAAUUAGAGGUGUAUUAAAUUUUGUCUUGGAUGGUAAACAUCAGUUUGGCCAGGGUCUAAUAACAUAUGCUAAUGAAGAAGUAGUAAAUUGGUUCACAACCUUAGCAGAUAGUUUCAGAGUAGCUGAUGAUAUGGGUAAACUUCGAAUUCAACUUUCAAUGUUUCAUAAGCCACUUCUUAGUUGGAAAGGAUCAUAUGUUGUCACCCAAUUGGGUGCAGAGCGUCAUAUUUCAUUUGAUAAUGGCUUGGAUGGAUCAAUUGCAGAAGAUUGUUUUUUUGCCAUGCGAGCUGCUAAAGAAGGCUAUACAUUCAAUUUUGUGGAAGGAGAAAUGUGGGAAAAAUCACCAUUUUCACUAUGGGAUUUUAUCCAACAACGUAAACGUUGGCUUCAAGGUAUUCUAUUAGUAGUCCAUUCAGCGGCCAUUCCUUCAAAAACAAAAAUUUGGUUAGCUUUAUCAUGUUAUUCAUGGGUGACAUUGCCGCUGUCUACUUCCAAUUUAGUGUUAGCUAGAUACUUUCCAAUUCCAUGUCCUGCAAUCAUGGAUUUUGUUUGUGCAUUUAUAGCUGGUGUCAAUAUAUAUAUGUACAUAUUUGGUGUAGUGAAAUCUUUUUCAUUAUAUCGUUUUGGUGUCCUAAAAUUUACAUUAUGCAUAAUAGGAGCACUGUGUACUAUACCUUUUAACGUAAUAAUUGAAAAUGUUGCAGUUAUAUGGGGGCUUUUUGGCAACAAGUACAAAUUUUAUGUUGUACAUAAAGAAAUCAAACCACUUGUCACUGUGUAAAUAACUGUCUGUAAUGUAUUAAUUUGCAUUGGAUCUGAUUUUUGGGAGGGAAAGACUAUCUUGCCAUUAAAAAAUAAAGCAGAUGGAUAAUACAUACAUGUAUGCAUCAUUGACAACUCUGUGGUUUAUUAUAAUUUUUGAAAUUUUGAAUACUCAACACGACUAUUAUAAAUGCUCAAAUCUUAUUUAAAAAAAUGAGUUCAAACUAUUUAUCAAAAUAAGUAAUGGUUAUUUUACAUUUGAAGAUCUGCUAUUCGGAUUGUGGUUUUGAAAAUCCUUAAUUAUAAAAUAUGUUAAAAAUCUCAUGAAUACAUUUUAAAUAAUUUAACGCUAAUUUUUUUUUUAUUAAAAAAUACAAAUAAAUAAUUAAUAAGUUUUUAUUAAGCCUAUGGAUGCCAUUGUAUUUUUUUUUUUUUUGCGAAGGCCAAGAUCUCUGAUUGUACCCUUGAUAAAGUUUGGCAAAACUAGUCAUAACCUAGUUUUAUGUUAAGAGUUUUAACUGUUUUAAGUUAUGAGUAUAUUGUUUAUGUUUAUAUACCUAGUUAAUUUUAAGGAACAAAUGCACACAAUCUAGUAACCACACCUACAAAAUAGAUUGAUUACUACGAUAAAAUUUGACACUUAUAAAGAGCAAGAUUGUAUUUUAACACCCAUCACUAUCUUUUAUUUUUUUUAUUGGCAAUACUUAUAUCCUUAAAUUCCUUUGGAAAUGUAGUUGUGAAUUAGUUUGAGUAAAUCGAUACUACUUAAUAUGAACAAAUCUCUUACAUUUGAUGCAACAUUUUUGGUAUGCUAGUCAUAUUAAUCUCAGUGAAAUUGUUUAUGAAAUAAAUUAUAGUUUUCUACUAAACU